CCCAGCCUUUCCUCAAGUACUUCAUUCAGAGAAAGCGCAAUAAUGGGAAAAGGGUAUAACGCAGCCAUUGCUGCAAAUCCCUACAUUGUAGGAUCGUUUGCAUGUAUAGGUGGUGGCCUUUUCGGUCUGGACAUUUCGUCCAUGUCCGGGGUUUUGACUAAUCCGUACUAUCUGAGGCAGUUUCACACACCGGGCUCUUCUGCUCAAGGUGCCAUAGUUGCCGCGAUGCCUGCUGGCUCCUUUGUUGGAGCACUGGCUGUCACUCAGCUCGCUGACAGGCUCGGUCGUAAGAGAACAAUCUUGUUAUCUAGUCUAAUCUGGGUUAUUGGCUCCAUCCUACAAUGCGCCUCUGUCAAUCGAGGCAUGCUCGUUGUCGGUCGAAUCGUUUCUGGUCUAUCUAUCGAGAUUACUGCUCCAGCCAUCCGUGGCCGUAUGGUUUCUCUUCAGCAAUGGUCUAUCACAUGGGGUAUUCUCAUCCAAUAUUUCAUCCAAUUUGGCUCUUCAUACAUCGAUGGUGUUGCAUCGUUCCGUCUUCCCUGGGGUCUACAAAUGAUACCCGCUAUUGUUUUAUUCAUCGGAAUGUUAUUCUUCCCUGAAAGCCCUCGUUGGCUCAUGGACCGCGAAAGAGAUGAGGAGGCUUUGGAAAUUCUGGCGGACGUCCAUGGACACGGUGACAAGAACCAUGAACUAGUGCAACUUGAAUUCGAAGAAAUUAAGCAACAGGUUAUAUUCGAAAAAUCCGAAGGCGCGAAGUCAUACUUUGAUCUUUUAAAAGGCAACAUACCUCGUCGUGUAUUUUUGGGAAGUAGUCUCCAGAUGUGGUCUCAACUGAGUGGAAUGAACGUCAUGAUGUACUACAUUGUCUACGUAUUCCAAGGAUCUGGUUUGACUGGUACGAGGGCUGGCCUGAUCGCCGCUUCUGUCCAAUACGUCCUGAAUGUAGUCGCUACUAUACCUGCUAUCAUUUACAUCGAUAAAUGGGGUCGUCGCCCAAUGAUGAUUUUGGGUUCUUUGUUCAUGGGUACCUUUUUGUUUCUUGUUGGUGGAUUACAGGCUCGCUAUGGGCACUGGGGUUCUGUCAACGACGCACCUGUUUGGGUUAUCGACGGACAUGCUGCCGCGACGAAGGGUAUCAUUGUUUGCUCGUAUCUCUUUGUCUGCAGUUUCGCUGUGACUAUGGGUCCUGUGUCAUGGACCUACCCUGCCGAAAUCUAUUCACUCAAGACUCGUGGGAAAGCUGUUUCUAUCGCCACAGCCACAAACUGGAUCUUCAACUUCGCUUUGGCCUGGGCAACGCCUCCGGGCUUUGCUAACAUUGCAUGGAAGACUUACUUCAUCUUCGGAACGUUCAAUUUUGCCGCUUCUAUCCACUUCUUCUUUAUGUUCCCAGAAACAGUUGGACGUACUCUUGAAGAAAUUGAGGAUAUCUUUACUGAAGGACAUGCAUUCGCUCCAUGGAGAAUUGGAAAGCACACCGGCAAAAAGACCUUGGCUGAUGUUAUCGGUCAGAGUAAAGAGCACAAUUCAAUCGAUGAGAAAGAACAUGUAUGAUUGUCAGGAUGUAUCGUUUUUUUUCUAUUUUUCAUGACGCGAUGUAUUCACGUAAAUACUUGUAUGCUUGGUAUUACUAUACUAUACAUGUAGCCCUUCAAGUUAGUAUGAUUCAUGACUGAAGUCAGUAAAUUGAUCAAUUGGUUCCUCGUUCUCGAAAACAGCAG